CAAAGGGAAAAGAUUCUCUCUUGAAAAAAUAUAAAUUGAGUCAGUGAUUUAUUUAGAUCCGUUACAUUACAUACAUCCCUCACGAUGAUGAAGUUCACUCUCCUACUCUUGGCCACUGUGGUGCUUUUCAAUGUCGUCACAGCUGACAAACAUACCAAGCUUCCUAACAACUACGGUAUAACCGAGAACUGUCCCUGCUUGUCGACUGAUGAGUACCUGCCGCUUUGCGCGAGCAACAAGGCUACCUAUUCGAACGCUGGUAUGUUCGAGUGCGCAAAGAGGUGUUUGAGAAAAGAUGAUUUGGUCAAAGUGAAAGAUGGCGAGUGUUAGGAAUUCCGUUGGAUACUUGAAAAGAUGGAUCUUCAAACUUUAGAUACUUAAUUAAUAUAUUAAUGUUGUAAUGAAUAUAAUCUUCAUUAGUUAAGCAAAAUAAAUGUAUUUUUUAAUCAAA